GGGACGCGGAGGCUGGAGCUGUUGCGGUGGCGGUUUGGGUCCGGCCCUGGUGAAUCGUACCAUGUCGCGCCCGAAGAAUCAAAACUACAAGGGCCAUGGACUGUCAAAGGGAAAAGAACGCUCAAUAGAAAACAUUUGGCCUCCCAAAUCUUCUGGACUCAGUCUGUUGUGAUAUGUUGUUUCGGUUGAAGAACGGGAAGAAAAUCCAGCCUCACAAAGAUAUGUAGUUGGAAAAGAGAGAACUUUGCGUACUUCUGAAAGACGGUUGGGGACCCUGAGGAAUACUGGGACCACUCAUCAAGAAUCACUAUUCUAGAGAGCAGAGAGCAUCAAUCCGAUUCAAGACCACUCUCAUGAAUACUCUCAUGGAUGUCCUUCGCCACAGGCCAGGAUGGGUGGAAGUAAAGGAUGAAGGAGAGUGGGAUUUCUACUGGUGUGAUGUCAGCUGGCUCCGGGAGAACUUUGACCACACCUACAUGGACGAGCACGUGCGGAUCAGUCACUUCCGAAACCACUAUGAGCUGACCCGCAAGAACUACAUGGUGAAGAACCUGAAGCGAUUCCGGAAACAGCUGGAGCGCGAGGCGGGAAAGCUGGAGGCGGCCAAGUGCGACUUCUUCCCCAAAACCUUCGAGAUGCCAUGCGAGUACCACCUGUUCGUGGAGGAGUUCCGCAAAAACCCAGGAAUCACUUGGAUCAUGAAGCCUUUUGGGCAGCACUUGACAGGGAAGGCUCAUCGCCAUUCCAGCAUCUACUGGGACGGCUCCCGCGAGGGCUGGAGGAUCCGCUUCCAAGCUGGCUCAUUCACUCAGCUGGUGGCCCGGUCACAGGGAAAGGGCAUCUUCCUCUUCCGGAGGCUGAAGGACAUCAUGGAUUGGAGGAAGGGUACCGCUGGAAAGAAGCUCACCGGCUUGGAAGCCCCGCCAGCCCGGAACACUGUCAAUCCCUCCGGCAGCCAUGAUUCGAGAAGUUCUGAUGACCAGAAGGAUGAAAUCCCCGUGGAGAACUACGUAGCUCAGCGCUAUAUCGAAAACCCCUACCUAAUAGGAGGCCGCAAGUUUGAUCUGCGUGUCUAUGUGCUGGUGAUGUCGUACAUCCCGCUUCGGGCCUGGCUGUACCGGGAUGGCUUUGCCCGAUUCUCCAACACCCGCUUCACCCUGAGCAGCAUUGAUGACCAAUAUGUUCACCUCACCAAUGUUGCUGUGCAAAAGACCUCUCCGGACUACCACCCAAAGAAGGGCUGCAAGUGGAUGCUCCAGCGCUUCCGUCAGUACCUGGCAUCGAAGCACGGGCCUGAGGCAGUGGAGGCACUCUUCAGCGAUAUGGACAACAUCUUCGUCAGGAGCCUGCAGAGCGUGCAGAAGGUGAUCAUCAGUGACAAGCACUGCUUCGAGCUGUACGGCUACGACAUCCUCAUAGACCAGAACCUCAAGCCGUGGCUCCUAGAGGUCAACGCGUCCCCAUCGCUGACAGCCAGCAGCCAGGAGGACUACGAGCUCAAGACCUGCCUCCUGGAAGACACCCUGCAUGUCGUAGACAUGGAGGCCAGGCUCACAGGAAGGGAGAAGCGAGUGGGAGGCUUUGACCUCAUGUGGAAUGAUGGCCCUGUCAGCAGAGAAGAGGGGACUCCUGACCUGUCGGGGAUGGGGAACUUUGUGACCAACACACACCUCGGGUGCAUCAACGACCGUAGCAAUCAGCUGAGGCAGCUGUUCCGCUCCCUUCAGAGCCAGAAGAAAGCCUCCAGUUAGUUCCCAGAUGCAGGGAGGACAGCGACCCCAGGAAGGUGCCCUGCAGUCCUUGCCUACCCGUUUCCAGCACCAUGGCCGGCGACCUGGAGCCCUUGCCUCCCCUCCUCUGGCCUGGCAGCAGCUUUGCGGACUCAGCGGCCUGUGGUACGCUGGUCACUGCUCAUUCUGGGCCCCCUGGAGACCCCAGCCCCACCCUGGGCACCUUGUGCUGGGAGACAGCCAGUCCCUGGGAAUGGGUGUGCUUUAGCCUUGCAGGACUGGCUUGGCGAUCAGGCCCAGGGAGGACAGCUGCAAGCCCUGCUACCCCAGAGACCACAUCCAAUAAAUAAGCACAGGCCUUA